GUUGAUAUGUGUUCCCGCACCCUUCCUUUCGUGUCUCAUGCACAAAGCUGAUGGUGAUAGUACCUGUGGGGUAUCUGCACUACGACUCCACUACGCGUCUCACGAAGCGAAGAGUGACGACAAAACAUACUGGCUUGCACUAGUAGGUCUUUGCGGUGCUGUGGAUAUUGCAAUGGUGAUUGUGUGUGGGUGUCUCACGUCGUUCCCAAGGUUCCUUAAGUGAGUGAGAGGUGAGAGGAUAGGCUCACAGCGGUAUGGGUCACACCGCUAUAAGUCGAGAAGCUACGGGUCGGAGAGCCAAUCCAGAUUGAGGUCCGAAGCGCCCGUUGGGCUGGGGAAGAUCGGUGUCACGAACGAAGUCAU